UCUUCAUCCUCUGGCAAGCAUCAAAGCAUCGAAUUUAUCUACACACAGCAUCGACUUUAAUCAUUCACCAUGGUUGCCACGCUCAAACUUGUAAGCCUCAUGGCAGUCCUCCCCUCGGCUCUCGCCUGCCUAGGCUACACUGGAGGCGUCCCCAAAGCAACUUCGACCAAGACUAACAGUAAAGUCAUCGAAGUUGCUGCUGGAAAGACCUUUGACGGUGCUUGGGCAAGAUAUGAUCGUGGAUCUGGUGCUUGUUCUGGACAGAGUGAAGGAGAUGACUCCGAGGCGGUCUUUCUCCUCCAAGACGGAGCAACUCUCCAAAAUGUCAUCAUCGGCAAAAACCAAGCUGAAGGUGUUCACUGUGCUGGAGCUUGCACUCUCAAAUACGUUUGGUUCGAAGACGUAUGCGAGGAUGCCAUUUCCAUCAAGAGUGACAAGGCUGGUGAUCAAUCAUGGAUCAUAGGAGGCGGAGCAUAUCACGCCACCGAUAAAGUCGUUCAGCACAAUGGAUGUGGUACUGUCAACAUCAUCAACUUCUAUGUUGAGGACUAUGGAAAAUUGUACCGAAGUUGCGGAAACUGCAAAUCCCAAUGUAAGCGUAACGUCUACAUCGAAGGCACCACUGCUGUUAACGGCGGUGCACUCGCCGGUAUCAAUUCUAAUUAUGGAGAUACCGCCACGCUGAAGAAUGUCUGUUAUGAUACUUCCCAUGCAUGCCAAAUGUUCACUGGAAACAACAAAGGCGACGAGCCCACCACGGCCGGAUACUGCUCUGGAUAAAUUAUUUCAGAUGAACAUUCUGAGUGGUGAAGGUAAGGAAUAUAUGGAGAGUGUUAGUCAAAGAAUGAUGGAUGGGCUUUUGGGUGAUUGUUGUUGUUGUCGUUGUUGUUGUUGUUUUUUCCCUGUGGAUAUUUUUGAGAACCGAUUGAGUGUUUGUACAUACAGUAGAAAGCAAUACAUAUCUAUACUACUUUAUCUAUUUCAACG